GGAUUUCUUGCUGGGCCGCGCAGGGAGCCGCGCCGAGAGCAUGGCGGAGCCCACCCUCUGCUCCUUCCUCACCAAGGUGCUGUGCGCCAACGGCGGCCGCAUGUUCCUGCAGGACCUGCGCGCCCACGUGGAGCUCUCGGAGGCCAGGCUCCGGGACGUGCUGCGCCAGGCGGGCCCCGACCGCUUCCUGCUGCAGGAGGUGGAGGUGAAGGACGGCCCCUGGGACGCAGAGGCCGAAGUGGCGGCCGGCGCCGUAGUCGGCGCGGUUGGCCGCCCCAUGGCCUGCAGGGUGGUGGCGGUGUCCUCGGCGCGCCUGUGCGCCCGCUACCAGCGCGGCGAGUGCCAGGGCUGCGACCAGCUGCAUUUCUGCCGCCGUCACAUGCUGGGCAAGUGCCCGAAUCGCGACUGUUGGUCCACCUGUACCCUUUCGCAUGAUAUCCACACACCUGUCAACAUCCAGGUCCUGAAAAACCACGGGCUUUUUGGCCUCAAUGAAGCCCAGCUUCGGAUUCUGCUUUUACAGAAUGACCCCAGCCUUUUACCAGAGGUCUGUCUGUGCUACAACAAAGGCGAAGCCCUGUACGGUUACUGCAACCUCAAGGACAAGUGCAACAAGUUUCACGUGUGCAAGUCCUUUGUCAGGGGAGAGUGCAAGCUGCAGAAGUGCAAACGGUCCCAUCAGCUCAUCCACGCAGCCUCCCUGAAGCUGCUGCAGGACCAAGGGCUGAAUAUCCCCAGUGUCGUUAAUUUCCAGAUCAUCUCUAUCUACAGGCACGAGAAGCUGCACAAGAUACUCGAAAAUAAAGAUAAUUCAGCUGCUUCUGCUGAGCACGCACAGGGCCCUGAGAGACAAGGAGGACCCGUUGCCGCGGCUGCAGAAGCCCGUCCCCCAGUGUCUGUCCCUGCCCAGUCAGCCAAGAAGCCAGGUAAACCCUGAAGGACCUCAGUGAAGUUAGAAGAAGCUUCUCCGAUGGGAAGGUCUGAAAACAGACCUUCUGUUGAACUUUGAUUUGUAACUGUUCAUUCACUGAAUGGUCUCUUUAAAAUACCUGCCUCACGGGGGUGUUGUGAAGCACAUGGAAAAGGAGGCCUUGUCCGAUUUGGAGGAUAAGGUUGGGGAUGCAGCCGGAGACGGAGCAGGCAAAGUGAGGGUAAAUCCUGAGCACGGGUGGGACUAAUGCAGGGCGAGCCCUGGACGUGGCAGCUUCUGCCCGCAGUUCCUGAGCGCUCUUCCUGGGCUGGCGGGAAGGUCCUGCGCAUGCAGCUUCCUGCCGACCUGCUCGGUGUCCCAGCCACGUGUUUUCUGUGUGCCCAUGUAUGCAGUUUUGGAACGUCAAGUUCAUGUCCUUUCUUUUCCACGGAAUGUGCCGUAAGCGUCCUGCCGUAUAUGUUCAUGUUUAUCAUGCACAAUCAUUUUUAUGCACAGAAACACGAAUAUAUCACAGUUUACUUGUUCUCCUUAUUCUGGGAUAUUUUGAUGCCAACAAAUUUUGAAUAUAACUCUUAAAAUCCACACAACAUUGAAUUUUUAGAGUUAGUCCUUUGCUUCGCUUAUAGUUGCAAAAUGAGAGUGCCUUUUGCAUUUCUUUACAUUGAGGUGCAGGUGAAUAUUUUUCUGCGGGUACUUUCUGUAGGUCUUUCUUUGGUGCAUUUUGUACAUGCCCUUUAACUACUGGGGCGUGUGACUACCUCCUCUGUGCUGCUGUGGGAUGGCCUUCAAUUAGGCGCCUUAAUUUUUAUAAAAGGAUGGCAACCGUGUUGUGCUCAUAUUAACAUCCAUCUCUUGUGGCUGCACCCUCAGGCAGCACAGAGAGUAUGUAACUUUUGGGUGCUGAGCACCAGUUUCUACCUCACUCUGUCUACUUGGUUUUUAUUAAACUUUGACCAAAGCCCACUUGCUGUGCUUUGAAGGAUGUGUAGUACAUCCAUUCCUCAAAAUUGUAUUCAUUCUUCUAUGGAUCGGGGUGGACCAUUGGAGACUUAUAUACCUCGCCCAUUGCAUGUUGACGUUCCCCUUCCUCCCCUCACUGUUCCCUCACCCAGAUGUCUUCCUUGAGUGAUGCUUAGAUGUUUGCUUCUUUGCUUUUAUCCCCUGACUGGGAAUCAAACCAGCAACCUUUUGGUUCACAGGCUGGGACUCAGUCCACUGAGCCACACCAGCCAGCUUGGUUCUCAUCAAAAGGUACCACAGGAAAGCAGCUUUAUGAAAUCCUCCCCCGAGUUUGCCGUACCAAUAUCCCAAAUGUCAAUGUGUACAGUGUUUUUAGAAAUACCAAACUGUCCUGCAAUAACAUUUGAGAAAAAGGGGCAAGGUAGUGAGUUUUUUAUACAGCUAAGUUUAUUGAAUUGAGAAAAAAUGUUUGUCAUACAGUUCUCUCUUUUGUGUUGGGGUAGGUGUCCAAAAAGCGUCCUUUGUGAAGGGAGGGAUUGCUGUGUUCUCUCCUAUUGGACAGUAAGAGUCACGUGACUUAUGUUAAUCUUUUCACUUUGGUUGUCAACGUCGAUGUUUCUGAAAGCCCUGAUGUCAGCAUAUCUCGUUUCUUCUUUCCUAGUUCUGAUUUCUCCUGGUGCUAUUUUUUUCUUAAAAAUAUUUUUGCAUUUUAUUAUCCUCAUUAUCUACAAUUUAUCCUUUUCUUAUACGUAUUUUUGUUGUAAGCCAUCUUCAAUUCCUUAAUGGAAACAAAAUAGUAUGUAAGUGCAUAUUCUUUGCAUUAAGAGACUUGGUAGGCUUUUACGCUAUUGUUUUUUAAAUAUAUCUUAUAAUUAUGCUUUUAUAUAUGAUGUUAGCGACCCUAUGUAAUCCUUGUUGCAAUAUUUUAUCCAGUUCUAUAAUAUUCCAUUUUAAUCUUAGUUCCUUGGUAUUCAUGUUGUCUUAUUUUCAUCUGAGGAUCAGCUGUUAGAGAAUUGUCAUGUGAGACUUGGAGACAAGUUUCCUUCACCAAUUCACUGGGGGCUUUGAGAGAAGGCCACACAUCUCUGGCCUCCACGGAUUCAGCAUAUUCUAAACUGAGUGAUCACCUUUUCUCCAGACUUGUUCUUCUUUUUGUUUUCUAUUUUGGAGUGUCAGCACCUAAGGACUUAAGCCAGAAACCUGCAAAUGGUCCUGUACUUUCUUUCUCCUUGUUCCCAGUGUCGGGUUGGUUACAUAGUGUUGGAGACUUUUCCCCUCAAAGAGCUCUCAAAUUUUUAUUCUUUGUCCGUUUUUUUUUUCCCGUUCCCUACAGACUGCCUUGUCUUAAACCCUCGUCACCUCUUACAGAACUCAGUGAUUUUCAGGCCACGUCUUGGAAGUUUUUUGUGGGAGUUGCUAGGUGACUCCUCUUCAACGAUGGUAGCCCCAUUUUAAUUUUAAUUUAAUCUUUUUAUCUUCACCUGAGGACAUGCUUAUUGAUUUUAGAGAGAGAAAAAAGGAGGGAGAUAGAGAGGGAGAGAAACAUCCAUCAGCUGCCUCUUGUGCAUGUCCCGACCAGGGACCAGACCCACAACCCAGGCAUGUGCCGUAACCGGGAAUCAAACCCGUGACCUUUUGGUUUCUGGGAAGAUGCCUAACCAACUCACUAGGCAGGGUGCCUUUUUAAUUUUUAAUUAGUAGAGGAUUUCACUGAUUUCCUUACCACCCUUCUCCCCCUCUGUCUUCUCUUCUGCUCUCUGCUUGCUCUUUUGAAAUUCAGACCCAAUCAUACCGCUUUUUCCUGCCAUAAAGUUUAUCAGUCCCUAUCAGGAAGGGUUGGAGUUACACACUCCCAUGGCCCCAGGGACCAGAAGGGUGCGUGACUGGAAGCGGUGAGCUGGAUGUAAGAGGACUGGGGACAUGCUGCGGCGAAUCGUCCCGUCUGCAAGGGGCACCUGCCUCUCGUCUCCAUGUGGGAAUGUGGCCCGGUCUGUCAUAUUGUCCAAGUUGACAAAAGAAGCCAGAAUCCAAAUUUUUAGAAGAAAUUUUCUGGUCUUAAAUACCGAGUUUUUAAAAUGUUGACCAAUGUCGUGGGCACGGACCUGCUUGCAAUCUUUUGGAACCUGCCCUUUGAUCUUGCACUCUGAGUCCGUGAGCGAUGCUCCCCUCGGGGCGCUCUCUCCCCCCACCUGCCCCCAAACCUGGUAAAAUUAGAUGCUUUAAAAUGUCCAGUUCACCUCUCCCGACCCCAAGAGAGUUCUCAGAUCCCCAGUGUAGCAUUUACCUCCUUACAUGGCAGUGCCUUCUGUUUUUAUUCCUUAGCUUUGAGCAAAAACAUUAUUUAUUCUUCUUGGUGAUUCUAACACUUGAUAGUUAGAUAUUUUUCAGCCUCAUGAUGAGUGAACUCUGCACUUGAAUCCAUCCAGUCAUUGUCAUAUUGCUCUUCUGCAUUAUUUUUUUCCCACAUAUAUAUUUUUAAUAUUCAAAAAAACUUUUCCCCCGCAGAAAAUGUAUUGUAUAAAGUAAACAUUCUAAUUGUCUAGGUCUAAAAUGAACACUUGAAGAAAAUAUUUGUCUUUUAGUGAAUUGCCUUUGUUCUAACAGUGUUUAGAAGACCUAUUUUUUCUAAACUUAUAGCUGCAAAAAUAUUCGUCUUUUCUUACAUAUCUCUAUUUUGUGUUAAAAUUG